GUAGGAAGAGAGAUAGGGAGAGAGGGGAGAAACUAACGGAGCCACAGCAUCUCCACACUUGCUCUCUGGAAAUGCUUCAGAUUGGCUUCUUGUUUUAGGGUUGGUAAGCUUAUUGCGUUGCACAAGAAAAGAAAUACAAAUAACAGUCGUUCAGACAUACAGUGCGUCCUUAGUUCUCACAUCAGAGGAAGCGCUCUGGAAACUUGGAGCAAAGCGAUGCGCCACCGGGUGCGUAUCUUGGAAGGAAUCAGUUCUUAAGGAUUGGGAAAUAGCACACAGCUGGCUAUCCCUGUGGAAUGAUUGACCCCGCGUUUUCCAGCUCUAUCUUAAUUAUACAAAAUAUAUCGAUCAGCUCGUAACUUCUAAUAUUUUCCACGGACAGAAUUCUACCGGGACGACACGGAAUCCGGUAAUUUUUUUGGAAGUUGCAAAUUGCUGUGAGUGGAUUUUGAUACUGCUGAAGUUAGUCUGAUGUGACGGAGGUUUGAGGGUAAGACACCUGCCUCUGGGAUCACCGGCGGACACUUCAACUGCGGACAGAUCGGCGACGCGCUCAUAGAGAAGUCUCUGGCUCAGGCAGAUCUUCUGAUGACCUAAUGGAACCAAAUGUACGACAAGUGCUGUUCUGGGUCCUGGUGCUGCACUGUGGUUCUGCUGAGGGCAGCAUCCUGUACAGGGUCCAGGAGGAGCAGCCCCCCAACACUCUGAUUGGUAGCCUGGCAGCAGACCAGGGCCUACCAGACUCAGGCCAUCUCUACAAGCUGGAGGUCGGGGCACCCUACCUACGUGUUGAUGGGAAGACGGGGGACAUUUUCACCACUGAGAUACCCAUAGACAGAGAGACCCUGAGGGACUGUCGAACCCUGGUUAAGGGUAAGCCUUGCUACCUUGAAUUUGAAGUAUCGGUGACAGACCUGAUACAAAACCAGAGCCCACGACUGAUUGAAGGACGCAUUGAGGUACAGGACAUAAAUGACAACACUCCACAAUUUCCCUCUUCUGUCCUCACCAUCUCAGUCCCUGAAAACACAAUCAUGGGGGCGCUAUUCUCCAUACCUCUGGCUACUGACAGGGACUCAGAGAGGAAUGGGGUGGCAGAUUAUGCUCUGACUGCAGGGCCAGAUGCAGCAACCCUGUUUGGCUUACAGGUGGCUGACGACAGGGGGGGGAAGCUCCCGCAGCUUAUUGUCCUGGGCAACCUAGAUCGUGAGUUAAAGGAUUCCUAUGACCUCACCAUCAAGGCACUGGAUGGAGGAAAUCCACAGCGCUACAGCAGCGCUCUGCUGCGAGUGGUAGUCACUGAUGCCAACGACAACUCUCCCAAGUUUGAAAGGUCCACGUAUGAGGCGGAAGUGUCCGAAAACAGUCCACCGGGGCACUCUGUGUUGCAGGUCAAAGCAAAUGACUCUGACAUGGGCUCUAAUGGAGAAAUUGAGUACACCCUUCACCAAGCAGUAGACCCAGUGUCGACACUCUUACGAAUUGACCGGUCCACCGGCAUUAUCUACGUUAAAGGAUCCCUUGACAGGGAAGAAAUCAGCAGCUUGUCCUUCUAUGUGGUGGCGAGGGAUAAGGGUCCACAACCUAAAAGCUCAAAGACAUUUGUUACAAUUGAGGUGACUGACCAAAAUGACAACGCCCCAGUUGUGGAGAUUCGUGGAAUUGGUCUUGUGACACACAGCGAAGGAGUGGCCAACAUUUCAGAGGACAUGCCAGUUGGAACCGCUGUUGCUUUAGUGCAAGUGUCUGACAAGGAUGAGGGAGAGAACGCUAUGGUCACUUGUGUAGUCGCAGGAGAUGUGCCGUUCCAGCUUCGCCCUGCCAGCGACUCAUCCAUUGACAGUAAGAGGAAGUAUUUCCUACAGACAACCACUCCCCUCGACUACGAGAGGAUUAGGGAUUACCGAGUCGAGAUUGUCGCUGUUGAUUCUGGAAAUCCGGCCCUCUCUAGCCAAAAUUCUCUGAAGGUGCAGGUGACUGAUGUGAACGACAACUCUCCAAUAUUCUCCCCAACAUUGUUUGAGGUAGAUUUUGCCGAAGAAAAUCAACCAGGGGAGAAGGUUUUGGAUGUUAUAGCUUCAGAUGCUGACAGUGGCACUAAUGCUGAACUCCUUUAUAGUAUUGUGGCAGACUCAUCCAUCAAAGGUCUGUUUGAGAUUGAUCCAAAUACGGGCACAGUAAGAGCCCGAAGCCCCCUUGAUCGUGAGCAUAAAGAACGCUACGAGUUCCGGGUCACGGCAGCAGAUAAAGGGUUACCUGUUCAUAAAGGGACAGCAACUGUUGUAAUAAACGUCCUUGAUCGCAAUGACAAUGACCCCAAGUUCAUGCUGAGUGGCUACAGCUUUUCAGUUUUGGAGAACAUGCCUCCUCUCAGUCCAGUUGGCAUGGUGACAGUCCUGGAUGUGGACAAAGGGGAGAACGCCCUAAUUGAUCUGUCUGUAGAGCCUGAUGGAGGAAAGUUUGUCGUUCAAAAUGGAACAGGCACCAUUCUUUCAAGCAUCUCGUUUGACAGGGAGAAAGAAAGCAGCUAUACUUUCCGUCUUAAAGCAGUGGAUGGAGGAGAGCCCCCUCGGUCUUCAUAUGUGGCCGUCACGAUCAAUGUACUGGAUGAAAAUGACAACAACCCUGUGGUUACCAAACCCUCCAAUUCCUCCUUCAGGCGUUUGUCACCUCUAGCUUCCCCAGAUAGCCACGUUGAGAUAGUGGAAGCCGAAGACCUGGAUAGUGGGCCCAAUGCCGAGCUGGUGUUCAGUAUUUCUGGCGGAAACCCUUACCAGUUAUUCCGCAUUUCACCGUCCAGUGGGGAGAUCACUCUAGCAAAAGAAAUGACCCGAAAACAUGGCGGCCUACAUCGCCUAGUAGUGCGAGUGAGUGACAGGGGGAAGCCUGCACGUCAUGCCACUGCCCUGGUCCACAUUUAUGUCAAUGACACCAUCUCAAAUGUCAGCUUAGUGGAGGCUCUAGUAGGACACAGUCUUUACACUCCACUGGAAAGGGACAUUGCUGGUGAUCCUGACUAUGGUUUCGCUGCACAGCGUAGUAACAUUUUGUUUGGAAGCCUUGCCGGAGUGGCAGGUGUUGUCAUGUUGAUCCUGGUGGUGGUAUUUAUCCGACACCGCAUCCAGAGAGAAACUAAGAGUGGGUAUCAGGCUGGCAAGAAAGAAACAAAAGACUUAUAUGCGCCCAAACAAGCACCAAAAAAUGCCAAAGGCAAACGAGGAAGGAAAGGAAAGCCCCAAAAGUCCCCCAAACCACUCGGGGAAGAUGAAGAAGUCAGCCUUCAAAAGAGUCUCAAGUUCAACCUCGAUGGAGUGAAUGAUAGCCCCAGGAUACACCUGCCCUUAACAUAUUCUCCAGGAAGCCCUGAUAUAGGCAGGCACUACCGCUCCAACUCCCCCUUACCCUCCAUCCAGCUGCAGGCCCAAUCCCCUUCGGCCUCACAGAAGCACCAGGCUGUCCAGGACCUUCCUGCCGCCAACACCUUUGUAGGAACCGGAGGAGACGACAACUCUACCGGCUCAGACCAGUACUCAGACUACAGCUACAAGACCAGCCAGAUGAAGUACAGCAACAAACAGCAUACCCAUCGACGAGUGACCUUCUCCACCACCAACCCUGUGCAGGACCUGCAGGACGCCUCUCAGCACAGCUACUAUGACAGCGGCUUGGAGGAAUCGGAGACUCCCAGCAGCAAGUCGUCGUCUGGUCCCCGCAUCGGACCCCUGACCCUGCCCGAGGAUCACUAUGAGAGAACCACUCCAGAUGGCAGCAUCGGAGAGACCGAGCACCCUGAAAACGAUAUCCGCUCGCUCCCUGAUGUGGCGAUGACCGGAAACUGUACAAACGAGUGCAGCGAGCUGGGCCACUCAGACGCCUGCUGGAUGCCCGGGCAUCCCUCCCCCGUUCGCAAGGCCAGGAACCCCCCGAAACUCUCCACCUUCGUGCCUUACCAGGAGAGAGGGAGCCUGGGACGCCUGGCCAACGGGAGCGCCAGGCUGGGGGGGGAGGAGCCCCGGUCGCGCCUCCCGCCCUCCCGCAGUGCCUACUCCAACAGCGGUAACGACGCCAGUCAGGACUGCCCCUUAGAGGAGAUGCCCCUGAGCGUGGCCUCUGAGUUCCCGCCCACCCCCCCCUCGGCCCACACUCCAAAAAGGGAAAUUUACCUGUGAGGAAUGCCGUCAUCCGAUUGGUGCACAAAUGAGGAAAAAGCUACACCCACGUCAGAAGGAGAAACAGGCUGUACACAUGCUAAAGCCAAUGCCCGUUUUGUAGGUAACAAUAGGCUGUGACGCAUUCAAUCACUGGCAUGAACACUUGUUUUCUGUCAUUUCCUCCUUAAAUUAUUAAUUUAUUAGCAUAUUUAUUAAGAAUUCCACAAAGUUGAUGCACUCACUCAUUAAUUUAUACAAAAUCCGGAUGGAUUCGAUUCUAACAAAUCAAAAGGAAGUGCAGAUGGCAUAUGCUACUUUAGUAGUAACUAAUUAUUGUUGUAGUUAGCCAAGUACCAUUCUGUGAAGUGAUCUCUUGAAUUUGAAAGUUGUGGUCAGUGCUCUUGUGCCAUUAUUAGAUAUUAUUCAAUAGACAGACAGUCAGGCCCUAUCAGAAGGCAUUACACUUUUGACUAACAUCAAAUGAAACGGUCUAUAUUAAUGUACAGUGCUGUAAAUACAUUUGAAUGGUGUGUUCUACAUAUAUUUUUGUCCGGCAUACGCUGAAAAAAGAAAUUGCCUCAGAAUUUUUUGCAUAUUUAAGCUUUUCUUUGCUGCUGCUGUUUAAACUUGAUUGAAACCAUCUCCUGAAGUGGAGCUCAAUAUUGUGGUGGGCAUUUAUCCGCUCCACAAAAUCACACACACACACACACACACACACACACACACACACACACACACACACACACACAUUUCAGACCCCUAAUCAUAGUUGAAUGGCCUUUACCUCUGCUCCCUACAGAGCUCUGCCACUGGUGAAGAAAACUGUGUGGCAACAUUUAAACUGACAUUAUGUUCCACUGACUCUCGGCACUGUGACCUAUCGUUCAUCAUGAAAACGGUUGACUAGGCCACAGUACCCCGGAGUCAAAAUGACCGCAGAGUACUCACUGGACAUAUUCUGAUUGGCUUUUCAUAUUAAACCAUGUGACGCACUCUGUUGAUGAAAAUGUUUCAGCCCGAAAAGCUCAUCUCUGUCGUGACAAUCAGACGAGAUCUCGCAAUCCCGUCCCCCCUUUACGCUCAUAGUCCUUUACCCCUUAAGAUCCAUAAGAACUUCUCUAGAUCUAUUGAAUGCAUAACGAGGUAUUCACAUAAAAAGGCACUUGAGCUUAGAGAAACACUGCAAAACAUUGAGCACUUAUGGAAGCUAAUAUCACUACACGAGUGCUUGAUGUUGAGAAUACUUUCUUUGUUUUUUAGAGUAUCAGUUGUCAAUAGAUAUGUACUUCUUCAAAGGUGGAAACAAUACAGAGCACACAAUGAAAUGAGGGAAUAAAAGGAUAUUGAAUGAAAAUACAUCUUUGAAGUUAUUGUUACUAAAAUGAGGGAAACAAAUAUUUGAUAGCAAACGCAGAAUAUUGUUGAGCUUAAACAGAGAAUACAGUCAAACUGGAAUUACUCCAACUCCUGUUAAUUAUGAGUUCCCCUCUAUUGAGGACAACAUGCUUAAUCAAUUAUUAGGCAUUUUUUCCUCCUCUGGCUAUUGAACAGAGAAUAAAAUAUAGGGCAUGCCCGUGGGCUUCAUUUAUCUCUACAAAGAUUUUGCAAGUUAAUGUGAAGGAUAUGUCUGAAGGACACUGUGUAUUAGUCAGUAAUUGGAUGUUAAUGAUGACAACACUAGCCUGUCUUACAGCAUUGUAGGGCCGGCCGGUGUCUUUGAUUUAAACAUUGAUUUGAUUAGAUUUGUAGAUACCUUUCACCUCUGCAGAGUAUUUCCAUCGUGAGAUUGUGUCUCUGAGUAAGGGUGGAAGAGCCUUGAAUGGACAUUUCCUAAUUAGGGUGAGUAAUGAGUCCUGAGCUAGGGCAUGCGUGAGCACACCCCCAGGACAAGGCACCCACCAGAUAAUGCAAAUCCACCCGCAGAGCUACAAUCAGUUAAAAGGGGUAUUUUUAUCAGCACUUACCUCAUCACACUGCCAUUGAAAGCUGCGUUUAGAAUAAUUAAACUGGAAACAUAUGGAAAUUACUGGACAUGGCCAUGAUUAAAUAAGGUGGGCGAUUAUCCUGCCUUGAGGGGGAGAAAGCACAUUAUGCCGUUUUCAAAGCCAUUUAGCAACUGAAAUAAAAUUCAAACAACAGCCAUGAUACACUGUGAUUAAACCCCCACGGCUGCCCCCAGCACCCCUCUCGGAGCUGCGGAUAGCCGCUUCACAAACUCAAAGCAGUGGGUAAGAUCGCUGACCUGGAAUUGAUGAUAAGUGAGAAAGAUAGCAGUGAGUGAUAAAACCAAUGUCACAUAGCCUCCAUCACAACUAUGUCUAUUUAAAUGCGUUGACUCAAUUCCUAUUAUGCUUCAUAUCCAGAUUUAUCUCCGGGGUUAACCUGAUUCCAGCCAAAGUACACUUAUCGCUUUUGGGAAUCUGGUAUCUUCAGAUUUGCCUCUUUGAUCGCUAAUACAUGAAAUAAAUGGCGUGGCUUUUAGCAGAUAAGUCGUAAUCAGCGGUUGUUGCUCUGAACGGAAUGACGGGAGUUUGAUUUAGGUGCUCUGCAAAAUAAAAAACAAGCCCUGGCUUAAUGAGUUGGAUUCUCUCUCUCUCGGUAAUGACCUCCUGCUACUCACCCCUGGAAUGAUAUAUCACCAGGUUUGACCUUUCUUUUGAACUCAUGCUGAAUGAACUGUGUUUCCCUCUCUCGCAAACACAGACAGUUCCUCUUGAUUAAAGUAGGAGGACAUCAUGAAGCACCUAAAUACACUGAAUAAUGUUUAAUUUGUACCUAACAUUGAUUUAAUGUUCACUUGAGUAUAUGUUGCCUCUCUGUGGUGUGUAUCGUAUGGUGAUCAUUUCUUUAGAAAGAUGGAGAAAUUACUGAACUGAAAUUGGCAAGAUGGAAUUUUGUUUUCUUACUGAUCAAAGACUCUUAGGAAAACUGGUUGUGUGAAAAAAAUAAUGACAUAUUUUGGUGGUAUAGUGUACAUAGAUCUCCACCACCAUGCGUCUGCUGUUGAACAGACAGCGAUUUUAGCAUGAAUUCCAAAGAUAAUUGGUAGAAACUGUUUACUCUUUUUCUUUUUCCUUUCUGAAAUGUCAGUGCUGGUUCAUAUUCAAAAGGCCCUCUCCCAAACGAACUGAAAUUAACUGAACAUUUCAUCUUUUUUCACACAAGACAAUUGCCUUGAAAAUAUGUCUUUGCAAAAGAGAAUCUAGUUGUUAUCCUAAUUGUUGGUAUAUUUAUAUAGGAUAAAAUGCUUGUGAUGCCAUGUUUUUGUACAGUUUUAUGUACAUACAAGUGAAGCUUUCUAGAAGUUCUGAGAAAAGCCGAUGGCAUAUAAAAAUUGUAACAUGUUUUCCUGAGAUGUGCAAAUCUUGCCUUGGUUUGAUUGACCUUUGCUGAGUCAGUGUGAAUGUGGCCGUUCUAUGCCUGCACUGUAGUCAUUCACCGGCUCCCACCUCCUGAGGACUUAAUCAGUUUUUAUGUUUAUCGUGAACAGUGGAUCGUCUUAUCUUACCAGUUUGUUAAACUCCUGUGUUCUGCUUCGUUCUGUUUUCGCAUGUUGACAAAUUUUCUUGUAAUACUGUAAGUCCUCAUGAACUUUGUAAUAAAAUCACUU